UCGUCUUGUAAUUCGCUUUCAGAUCAUAACGCACUCAUUAGGGAGAGAUAAAUUAUUGUACUUCAUUUGUACCAAAAUACUUGGACUUUAAAUUACUGUCACACUAACUUCGUAAAGCACAUCAAUAUCCUCAGAUUAACGAAGUCAAAACUAUUAGUAAUAUGCAAGCAGAGAUAUGGCCGAAGAAGCUGAAAAACCUGAAUUGAAGAAAAGCCCAAUAAUAGAUAAAAAAAAUUAUAUUAUCAAACAAAAAACUACUUCCUCCAAGUUUGCAAUAUCUUUGUUACAAAAUUCCUCAGUCUAUCCUGUAUCCAAAGCCAGCCAUGUGCAGUCAAAAUCGAGGAAAAUAUUUUGGUUUGCAGUUUUAAUUUUUUGUACUAUAGGUUGUUCUUAUGAUUGCUACAGAUUUUUAAAAGUUUACCUACAGUAUCCAGUUUUGAUAAGCAUUGAUUUGCAAAGGAACACCAGUGCUAAUUUUCCUGCAGUGACUGUUUGCAAUAUGAAUCGAAUGAAAACUUACUAUAAGGACUGCGUUUUAGAAAACUGGAAUUGGACACAGUGUAUGCAAAGACCGUACGAGGUAAACAGAAAUUCAACAAUAAUAGAGUCAGGUGGCAAAAAAUACAUAUCCCGAUUUGGUGUACCGAACGCAAUCAAAGAAAAUUACUUAUACAAAGAAGACACGUUUAUGGACUUUUAUGCAAAAAUAGAUAUGGAUAGUCGGAAACGUUAUGGAUACAUGCUGCAAGAAUUGAUCAAGAAAUGUUCUUUCAAUUCUGUUCUUUGUAAUGAAACUGAUUUCACCUUUUUUCAAAAUAUGCAAUAUGGAAAUUGCUAUACAUUUAAUAGAAAACAGGAUGGCAAAGAACUGAAGAAGGUUUUUAGAAUAGGGCCACAAACUGCUUUGGAAUUAGAACUAAAUGUAAUGGUUGAUUCUUAUCUGGACGUUACUCAAACAGUAGGGGCACGAGUGGUGAUUCAUAAUCCAGAGGAAGAUCCCAAUCCUGAAGAAGAUGGGGUAAACAUCAGUCCCGGAUUUGAAAGCCAUAUUUCUUUGAUUAAAACUUCAAUAAAGAGGCUUCCUUCUCCAUACAGAGACCGCUGUGUUAAUUACACGGAAAAGGACAGCAAUGGGUCUUCGAAAAAUGAUUUCGAUUGCACUCGAAAAUGCGUACUUGAUUUGAGCUUGUCUAUAUGCGCCUGUGUUAAUCCUUUCGUAAGGAUUCCAGCUUUUGAUAAGCGAUGUGAUUAUAAGAACUCAACACAGAUGUCUUGCUUAAAUCAUGUGUCUGAUGCUAUGCACAGAAAAGAACUUACUUGUGAUUGUCCUGUGCCAUGUGCAACAACUGCUUAUUCUGUAGAUGUUGGUUCUUCCCCUUGGACAAGAGAUUCAUCUAUUCAUUUCCAAUCAAACGAUUUGAAAAACGGCGAAAAUUGGACUUUAGAGUUACAUAAUGUGAAUCAAAACAAGACGAAGUUUAAGAGUGCACAUUUUGUAUCUCAUGCGAAGGUAGAAGUUUUUUACCGAAGUUUGGAUCACACAAUUUACACCCAAACAGCUAUGUUUUCUGAAAGCGAGCUUUAUUCUCAUCUCGGCGGUCAUAUGGGACUAUGGCUAAGCAUUUCUUUUAUGGCACUUUUUGAAUGCAUAGAAAAUAUGAUUUUGUUUUUAAUAUUUUUAAUCAAGAAUUAACACAGUAGAAUAUAUUAAACAUUGGGAAGAAAAUAUAUAAAACUAAAUGCAAAAAUAUAUGAAAUCAGCAAAUUGUUUCUUGAUAUAUAUGUUUCCUUAUUUAUUUAAACUUACUUUCCAGUUUAUUUAAAAUUUAAUGAGAUUGUUAAUAAGUACUAUUA